CCUUACUAUCAUACACGUUCACUCCACCUUGCCGACAGCACGACUACACCCUCGUUCAGUUCCAAGCACAAAGGGCUCCUCGUCGUUCUCGACUUUGUCUCCGUGUUGUAAAACUCCGGCUAUACAUGCGGACCGCGCAUGCCAGGUGUUGCGCUACCAGAUACUUCCAAAUCACAGAUAUUCAACCCCUUCCAUAUGGCCUCGCUGCAGCGCAGCAAUGACAAAUCGACGGCAAACUCCACCACCUCGUCUUCUCUUGUUCAGUCGUCUAAUGCUUUUGAUACUUCAGAUUCAGCCGCGCAGCCUUCCUCAUCGACGACGUUCAAGCGAUUGCGAUCCUCAUUUGGGCAUGGCUUUAGAACAGCGACGCGUUCCAGAGCCAAGGCCCCACCCGUCGCUGAUGGCGAAUUCGGAACUAUUACGGUGAAAGGCGAGGCAGGGGAUCCGGCACGUCAUGGUGAGACCAGCAGUGUUGGCCAGGGCGAGGACAAGGGGACCUCGAACAUGCUUAGAAGGCUGGAAACGAAGGUGGGCGUUCGAUUUGCAAGGCGGGACUCGACUACGGCCCCUUCAAACCCGAUCGCACCUGUUGGUGAUCCGAGCAAGGAUAACAGGGAGCAUGUUGACAAUGCGGACAGAGCAAGCACUCGCGUGGCUGGAUGGAGGAACUUCAUGACCCCCACCCUGCAACAGGCCUCUGCAUCUUCACCUGCUUUGCACCUCUCCCUGCAGGCUCCGCCAUUUACAACCUCUAGACCGGCGGUAAUGCCCUCUUCCUCGUCACCGAGUGCUAGGUCGUUCUCACCUUCGCGCGAUCGGCCCCGCCGGGCGAGUGCGCAACCAACACCUCAGGAAAUCGGUGCACCGCAGCCCCUAGCACCCCGUCGGCCACUCAGGAACAGCUCCCGUUCACCAGAGCGCGGUAAUACGGUCUCUCCAUUGCCACGAGCGAACAGACAUAGACCAUCCCCUAUUUCACCGCCUGGUCCUCGGUCUUCAUUAGACACCCAAAGCAGGAACCGUGACUUACCAACUCCUCCUGAGUCCCCCAGCCCUCCACCUGGAGUGCGGGGAGGAGUUGGGAAGUGGACCCGGCUGCCAGCGUCGGCAAAUGCGAGCCAAGCUUCCCUGAGCAGUCAGCCAACAUCCCCGGGGUGCUCGUACACAGCCAACCAGACUCAUGCUAGGACGCCCACUAAGCGGAUAGUAACGCCAACCUCUGUCCGUGGUUCUGCUUCUCCUUCUUCAAGUAAUAUUCCGUCAGACAGUAGCGGCCCUCCAAGUUCCCCAACGCCACUGCCCAGAAGACCUUCAAUCAAUUCAUCCGGGCGACCGUCGUUUGAGACGGCACGUCGACCAUCCGCUGAAAUACCCCGAAGAGGUUCGACUGAUACCCAGCGGCGGCCCACAGCGUCACCUACUCCCCGCACUGCCUCGCCCUCUGGCACAGCGCGAUCGCGGGGGACUUCCCCUUCUCAGCGUUCCUCUAUCUGUGGUCACGGUCGUAAUCUGAAUAUGUCAUCGAUUUCCCUUAUUUCACCAUCCACUCCAGAGCAACGUGAGCUUAUUCGUCUUGCUAUGUCGGUGCUUUGUAAAGAGUUGCGCAAGCCUCCGCCUCAUCUGUCACGUGCUGACCGUCAAAGAGAGUGGGCGGAGGUAGAGGUCCGCAUGCAACCCUUGAUCAGGAUGGAACGAGUCUGGGGGAAGAGCAGCCGCAUAGCUAGCGCAAGUGCAAGCCAGGUAACAUUUACGGGUUUGAGCUCUGCGAGUGUGGUCAGUAAUGCCGGAGAGGAAAGGGAGAGGAAGCUAUUUUGUGACGCGCUCAGAGACGGCGUCAUCCUCUGCCAGUUGAUGAACAAGCACCGACCUAACAUGAUUCCUCGCGUUGACCCGAGAGAGGAUGGCUUCAAGCGCCUGACCAACAUUACGAAAUUCCUCGCCGCGUGUCCAUCUCAGGGCGUGCCUUCUGAUGAUCUGUUUUACCGGGACGACCUCAUCGAAGCUACACCGGAAGCUCUGUGUCGCGUGGCGCGCACCAUCAUUGCACUCCUGAAGCUAUUCGAGACGCCCACAAUUGGCGAAUCCAAAGUUAUAACUGGACAGAAGAAAACGGAUGGUACAGCCACCGGUACCGGUAGUGGACCCUCUUUCUCGCUCACAUCCCAAUCCAAUGCAGCACCUUCUGUGCCUAACUCGUUACCGCAGCAAUCAGUAUCUCCGGUUACCUCACACCCAGGACCGGGCUGGAAAUCUGGACGUCCCCCUGAGUCGUAUCUUCACCCGACGAGGCCAGACAGUCCCCAUUCCGGGACAUCCAGUGGCACAGCACGUCACGUCACGUUGGAAAGCAGACACGCACCCUCCACCACGAACAGCUGGAGUGGUGACCUGACUAGAGGCGGACAGACCCCACCGCCUCCUAAACUACCUCCACGUACUCAAUACCAUUCGAAGCAUGAUGACGACAGCGAUGGCAGUCUGCUUUCGAGCAUCAAGCCACUCGAAUUCCCAAGACGUGAACCUCUCUCUCAGUGUUCUAGUCCUACAGGAGAUACCGGAUGUGAUGUUCCUAUCAGACAAUCAAGAACGUCGAGCAAUAUCACAGAGAACACCGCAUACUCAAGUAUAUUUGACCUAAGGCGCAACAGCAACGCGCAAAAUAAGUUCGGCACUGUUAGGACUGUCACUACGGAAGCCACCUCGUUGGGUUCAGAGGUCCCAUCGUUCACACGAACGGAGGCAAGUUCCCUUGCUGCCUCGCUGGCGGAGGAGAUGGGGAGGAGACGUAGCACCAGCACGGAGGGUACCAGAAUUUCCGAUCGGAAGCCUAGUGAACCUGUUGUUCCGGAUCUUGUCAGCCUUACGGAGGAAGAGGAGAACAGCGCCUGUGGGUCAAGUUCACGCGACACUCACCGAGACAAAGCCAGAGAGCCUCAGACUAAUAAGGACGUUGUUCGGCUCGGCAAAGGCAAGUGGCCUGACGACUUCAUUGACGCCUUUCGACCAGCGGUUCCCUCCCGACAAAUCCCUACCCGUGCUACCGUUGAUGUCGCAGAUUCAAGUCCGCGGUGCUCCGCCCCUCUCUCCGUCUCACCGAGUCGAAAGCUUUCUAUCAUCGCCCCACCAAAGCCAAUCGAUGGUUCUGAUGCUCUCUCUCGCCGGCCGAGCCACCGUGCCAGGCAAAGUGUAGAUACGCCCAUUUUGAUACCCAAGGAAUCAAUUUUACGCAUCGACGCUGCACCAGAUAGUCCAUCUGCUAGUGGAUCCAGAAUAGUCCUACGUCGCCAAAGCACGCGGACGGCGGCUUUACUAAGAAACGAGCCACCAUACGCAUCACGCUUCAAUCACAGCGACGUCGAGAGGGAAGGCAGUUCGUCUGUCAUCCCGUUUCCGAGAGCGGUGUCUGGCGACCACAGCGUCAGUGCAUCCCCGACGCCUGAUGUCUCUAUCAAGCGCGACAGAUCAACGAGCCAAGAUGUUUCACGAAGGCGCAGCAGGCCAACAUCAUACGAUGAAUUAGGUAGAUCUCGUCGUUCGAGUGAAAUGCUGAUGAGGGAUUCGAUGGAUGGAAGUGGGAUACGGUUGGCGAUCACCGUCAUGGAAGCAGGCAAGCAGCCCGUUCAAUAUCAACUAGGCAACUGCAUUGGUCGUGGCCAGUUCGGUACCGUGUACCGAGCUUUGAACAUGUCAACCGGUCAGAUGGUAGCUGUUAAGCGGAUACGACUCGAAGGCUUGAAAGAGGACGAAGUCACACAACUCAUGGAAGAAGUAGACCUCAUGAAAAGUCUGUCCCAUCCCAGUAUUGUCAAGUACGAAGGGAUGGCACGCGACAAUGACACCUUGAACAUAGUUCUUGAGUACGCGGAGAGCGGGUCUCUUGGUCAAACCCUCAGGGCAUUUGGGAAUCUCAACGAGCGCCUCGUUGCCAGUUACGUUGUCAAGAUAUUGGAAGGCCUGCACUACCUGCACAAAUGCCAAGUAGUUCACUGUGAUCUGAAAGCUGCGAAUAUCCUCACCACUAAGACUGGCAAUGUCAAACUGUCGGACUUCGGAGUUUCCCUCAACCUAAAGGCCGUGCAGCGAGAAAUGAACAAUGUGGCAGGCACACCAAAUUGGAUGGCACCAGAGGUCAUCGAGCUGAAGGGUGCUUCGACCAAAUCGGACAUUUGGUCUUUGGGAUGUACUGUUAUUGAGCUGCUAACAGGGCGACCCCCUUACGGGGAUAUCACGAACAGCAUGACAGUGAUGUUCCGAAUUGUCGAGGACGAUAUGCCACCCCUUCCCGAAAACUGCUCAGUUGCCCUGCAAGAUUUCCUUCAGCAGUGUUUCAAUAAAGACCCCAAGCUGCGCCCUGAUGCUGAGACUCUGUGUGAACAUCAGUGGUUGACUUCGAGUUGGGACGCACUUAAGGAACUUCGCCCUCAAGACAGUAUACCCUUCCUUCGCCGAGUCAGCACCGACCUACAAAAGACAGAUGCUGCCAAGCUGCUGGCCCAGAUUGGUUCACCGAUUGUCGAAAGGCUGGUCUCCGAAAUUCCCGCUCGGGAAGAGUCCCCGAAUCCAUCCUCGAAGAGACGCCCAUCACUUAAGCCAAUAUCCCCUCUUCCAGAGGAUACUUGCUUCAACCCCCGAGAUCACUCGUUCGUGAAGACGACCUUUGGAAAGCCCAUGCUUUGUAGAGUCUGCCUAGGAAGUGUGAAAAAGAGCGGCGUUAUAUGUGACCAGUGUAACCUCAUUGCCCAUUCGAGUUGUUCACAAGGGGCUCCACCUACCUGCGACUUCCGUUCGCAACUUCUGCAGUACGCACAAUACGCGGAAAUGAAUGUCCCCUCCCCGGUUGCAAAUGCAGUGGGAACCAGUUAUGGAGCCCCAGUCGCUAUGCCACCUCCCCGACCAAGUGCUGACCUGUCAUCCACCUCUCCGAACACUGGACCGCCAGUACCGAUUAAGUCCGCAGCAGCACCGGGGUUAAAAUUUGUGGGAGGCUUUGGACAGUCGCGUUCAUCUCUUUCGGUUGCCCCGCCUUCUUCGUCUUCGCCUGUAGCCACUCCACAUGGUCAAACCGAGGAAAAAAUGCCCCGGAGGAUCUCCUCGAAGCUGUCACGAAAUGUCACCUCCUAUGACCGACCACAUUCGUUGUCAAGUAACAGUACAACGACAAAGAGUUUAAGAACGGCAGACAGUCGUUCCAGUCGACAGGAUAGAAAGAGCCCCAGCUCUGUUGCACAGCUGAGCGCGACUACCUCCUCGCAGGGUACGGUUUCCGAUGACGAUUCGGAAAAUUCGUGUUCUGACGUCAUUGCGGUCUCAUCUACUGCAGAGCGAGGGGGUUCACGUAACUUACCCGCUGUUGUACCCCCAGAAUCGGAACCCCAAAAAACGCGAGGCGAUAAAUCGUCUGGUUGCAUGAUUCAAUGAGCCUAUCACACUCCACUCACCCAUGUUGUUCGUUUCCCUUAAUUCUUUGACUGAUCCCAUUAUUUCCUACAUCAACUACUUAGGGUAUA